GAGGGGUAAUAUCACUGUUCCUGUACUGCUAAACCUACGUCAUCCUUGUGCUGCUGCUUAACCCUCAAACUGCUGCUGCAUGGUUCGCACUACGGCAUAAAGCUUCAUUUGCGAUGUUUGAUGAGGAAGAGGAUGUGGCAGCAUAUGAGGAUGAGCUAUACCGCGAGGAGUCAUCCAGUGAUGAGAGCAUUGAUAGUGAAGUGGAAUUCUAUCUGUAUAGCCAGGUGCACUAUUCUCAGAACCUUAGUGAAUCCAACCUUGAAGAAGGUGCGGACACAGAGAGAUGCAUAUCAGACAAGGUGCAGUCAAAAUCACAUCCCGGAAGAGAUGCAGAGCAAGCAAGCAUUAUCACUUUGUCUGACAGUGAUGAUGUUUUGGUUGUAGAUAGCUCUGGUGUCAUUACAGUGUCUGACACGGGUGAGGAGGACAGCGUAUAUUGUACCAGUAUAAGGAGAAAAGUAGCUUUAACUCUGAUGCGAGGCAAAGCAGAAUUGAAUGAGCCAGAUGCUCACUCCACUCCCAAUCAGUCCAGAGUCCGCACACCUCGCACCCAAGGUCUUCAAGGCCAGAAGAUAGGAAGUCCAAGCAGCAGUAAGAAAUACGAAGGUGGAAUUGUCCAAGAAAUCCUAGUAAUAAAGGGAAGUUCAGAGGAUGAAUCUACUGAAGAUCAAGAUGAAGGCACAGAGACGUCAGAGAGUGAUCAGAGUGAUGUAGAAAAUUGGAUGAUAUUGGGAAGAAAGAGGCAAGACGGAGAUGAAAGUAUCCAACUUAACCUUGAAGGCUGUAGAACCACAUCAAAUGAAGAAGAAAAGGGAGGAAUUGAUUGGUCCAUUAGUGAGAGAGAUUUAGAGGCUCAGAUCAAUAACCAUACUCCAUUUAGACGCUCUAACCGUUACUACUCAGAGGAUAAGAAUGUUAUUUGUAGAAAUUGUGAUAAACGGGGACAUCUGUCCAAAAACUGCCCAACUCCUAAGAAAUCACCAGCUUGUUGUCUCUGUGGUGAAAGAGGACACCUCCAAAACUCAUGUCCAGAACGCUAUUGCUCCAACUGUUUUACGCCUGGGCAUUUUUCAAGAGAAUGUAUUGAACGGGCUUAUUGGAAGAAGGAUUGUCAUCGCUGCUCUAUGACUGGGCAUUAUGCUGAUGCUUGCCCAGAAAUAUGGAGGCAGUACCACCUAACAGUGAAACCUGGACCAAUCAAGAAAUCUAAUUCAGGACAAAGAGACUUUGUCUACUGUUGCAAUUGUGCCAGGAGAGGCCACUGUGGUUAUGAAUGUAAUGAAAAGCGUAUGUUCAAUGGGAGCUUCCCUACCUGCCAGCUUGUAUUCUACUAUGACCGAGAAUAUGAAAUCUCGAAAAGGAAUUGGAGGGCAAAAGUCAAGAUUGAAGAACUUCAAAAAGUUGGUCUCUUACCCAUUGAGGGCGGUCAAUAUGCUAAAAGCAGGGAUGAUAACAUGCAUCCAUUCAAAAAAAUGAAGAAAGGACAUCAAAAGCAAACAAAACAAUUUCAUAAAGAAGAAAUACAUAAUAUUUCUAAGAAAAAGGGGUUUAUGGAGAGAAAGCCAAAGAAGAAAAAGCACAAGGGAAAUGAAAAGGUUUUCUUGUGCAACCCGGAAGAGGACUUCCCUAGAGGAAGCUCUGAAAAGUCCAUGAAAAGCAGAAAAAGGCGUCCACAGGAGCAUUCCAACCACUUAUUCUUUGAAGAUGGCAGUGGCCAGCAGUUUAAGAAGCGACAUAAAAAGCGGAACAGAAGAAAAGACAGUGCCACUGUUGAUGAGAGCUUAUUUAUAAUUAAACAGAAGAAAAAAAAGAGUAAAAAAGGCUAUUGACUGGUAGAAGAAUUGUACAUCAGUAAGACAAGUAUCAGCUCUUCAAUAUGAUGCCAAGAUAUUAAUAUUCUACACCAGUGCCUACAAAAAUUUGUAUUAUUACACAUUACAGUGUAGAUUACUUUUACUCCAGUCUGGAGAGAAAAUAAUAAUAGUCAGAUAGUUCUUUACAGAAAUUUCCAAAUAAAAGAUGGUUACCUUUAAUAUCACAGUAUUUGCUCGAGUCAACAUCUUCCAUACUGACUUAUAAUCAUGUUCAACUAUCAAGGUUCAUUUGUGUCUGUGCUGUCUGGUGAUGUAUAAAACAUGGGAGCCCCAGAUUUGGUUACUUCUACAGUUCUACGAUAUUUUUUAGUGUUUUUUCUUCUGUGUUUUUAUCUAAGACUAUUUUGUGUACUUUUAGCAAGUCAUCCUAAAAUAAAAUUUGUACAACUGC